ACCAAACACAAUCUCAAAACAUCAGCACCAUGGUCAACUCCUGUUGUGGUUCAGUUUGCUCUGAUCUGAGCUGUGGCCAAGGCCUCUGCCAAGAGACUUGUUGUGGUCAAGACUUCUGUCAAGAGACUUGCUGUGCCCCCAGCUGCUGCCAGAGCACCUGUUGCCGUCCAGCCUGCUGUCAGACCACUUGCUGCAAAACCACCUGCUGCCGCCCCAGCUGCUGUGUGUCCAGCUGCUGCAGACCAAGGUGCUGCCAGUCUGUUUGCUGCCAACCAACCUGCUGUCGCCCUUCCUGCUGCCAAACCACUUGUUGCCGCCCCACUUGCUGCCGCCCCACUUGCUGCCGCCCCAGCUGCUGUGUGUCCAGCUGCUGCCGCCCUUGCUGCCGCCCCAGCUGCUGUGUGUCCAGUUGCUGCCACCCUUGCUGCCGCCCCAGCUGCUGUGUAUCCAGCUGCUGCCGCCCUUGCUGCCGCCCCAGCUGCUGUGUAUCCAACUGCUGCCGCCCCAGCUGCUGCCAGACCACUUGCUGUAGAACUACCUGUUUCCGUCCAGCCUGCUGCAGGUCUUCCUGCUGCUAACUGUAAAUUGUCAUGAACACACGGGUACAAGAUUUCUUUUGAAACAAAGCUUUGGUCUGUCUUUAUUCUUUGAAGUAUUCUAGACAGAGAUCAUGAGAUCCUGGAAACAAAUCAGUCAAAUGAAACUAUGUAAUUGGACCUGGAAAUAGUACCAGCUAUUUUCUAUUUUCUCUCAUUGGUGAGCUAAAUUAAGCCUGAAACUUUUUGUUUAAGUUCCUGUUUCAGGAUUUAAUUUUCAUCAUCCAUUACUUUCUUCACAUUGCUGAAGAUGAGGAUAUUAAACUUUUGUCUCUCUAAAUCUAAGUCGUGUUUCCACUUUCAAUUUU